CGGAAAUUGCUUUUGCUUUCUUCCUCUUCGUCUCCAUCUUCUUCGAUUCUCUUCGGAUCGGCUUCCGUCAAUGUCGUUCGAUUCUCCGGUGAGCAGAGGAUUUCAUUUUCCAUUCUAAAAAAUCUGAAAAACUUUCUCAGGAAAACAAACUUUUCAGAUCGUCAACAGUUAUGGAUGAAACCUAUCGUAAUCUCACGGAUUUUCUCCGGAGACCCUCUGUUACAGAGACAUUCGUCGACAUCUUGCUAUGCGCAGUUCCGAUUUGGCUCGCCGUCAUGAUCGGACUUGUGAUCGGAUGGUCUUGGCGUCCAAGGUGGACCGGAUUGAUUUAUCUAGGGUUCCGUUCUAAGCUCCGGUUUCUCUGGACUGCUCCGCCGGGAUUUGGCGCUCGCCGUCUUUGGCUUGCUUUCACCGCUCUCUCCGCUUUCUCCGUCUGCCGCACUUUAUGGUCUAGACUCGGUACGAGCGCCAAGAAAUCAGCGACCGGUUCAGCUCCGUCGUCUGCUUCGGUCGAAGAGACUCUUCCUAAUGGUGAAACAGAUGCAUUUUCACGAACAAGUGAUAAAAAUGCAGAGAAAGAGAAGGAUAUUGUGACAGAGAAGGACCUAGAGCAUUUGAUGUAUCUGCUUGAAGCUGGAAAUGCGAAUAUUGAAUGGCAAUCUAUGAUGGAUAAGUCUACUCCAAAUAUGAGCUACCAGGCAUGGCGCCAUGAGCCUGAGACAGGUCCCGUUGUUUAUCGAAGUCGCACUGUUUUUGAGGAUGCAACUCCAGACAUUGUUAGGGAUUUCUUCUGGGACGAUGAAUUCCGGCCUAAAUGGGAUCCUAUGCUUGCUUACUUCAAGACUUUGGAGGAAGAUCCUCAGACAGGGACAACGAUUGUUCACUGGAUAAAAAAAUUCCCUUUCUUCUGUAGUGACCGGGAAUACAUCAUUGGUAGGAGAAUAUGGGAAUCGGGAAAGAAGUAUUAUUCUGUGACCAAGGGAGUACCAUAUCCAGGUCUACCAAAGCGUGACAAGCCGAGGCGAGUAGAGCUUUAUUUCUCAAGUUGGAUUAUCAAAGCGGUUGAAUCUCGAAAAGGAGAUGGACAAAUGUCAGCUUGUGAAGUAUCUCUUGUCCACUACGAAGACAUGGGAAUCCCAAAAGACGUAGCAAAGUUAGGAGUCCGUCAUGGCAUGUGGGGAGCCGUCAAAAAGCUAAACUCUGGCUUAAGGGCUUACCAAACCGCUAGAAAACAAGGGGCGACUCUUUCACGGAGCGCACAAAGUGCAAGAAUCACGACAAAACUGAACGUGGAUUUGGUGGAAACAUCGAGAGCAGAGGGAGAAGAGAGAGGACGAGCCAUGGAGAACGCAAGGAGACAAAAGGAGCUGUUCAGUGUAGAUUGGAAAUGGAUCGUUGUAGGAGGAGUUGCUUUAGCUUGUGGACUUCAUUCAAGUGCUAUCGGCAAGGCUUUAAUGGUUGGAGCUGGACAAAGACUUGCUCGUAGGUGAAAAACCUCUGUCGUUAUCUCUUCCUGAGAGGUUCAUAUUCUUAUGUGUUUCCCUGGAGGAUUCUUUAGCCCACCAGCACAGAAAGACAAUUCAUUUAUAUAUGCAUUGUGAGUGGUUGUGUUUCUUCUUGUAACUGCGUUGAGAUGAGCAUAUUUAGUGUUGAAAGCAACGUGAAGGGAGUAAUCUUGAGCCAGGGCUGAAAUCUGGUCUGAGUAUUUCUUGUAAUACAGCCUAAGACUAUGGAGCUUAUUUAGACGUUUUGUUGCAUCUUAUACUCAUUUUUCGUGGACAAUUAUUUAGCAAUCAAUUCCCUUUCAAUUUUA